AUGAAUAUUUGCUUGAACAUUUCCAUUAAUUUGUUGAUUGGAUCAGAUUCUAUAAUCAGUCUCUCAUUGAAAAAUUCAAACACUAAUUAUAUAUUAGCAGGAAUAAGAUUCUCAAUAGCUUUAUUGUGUGUAAUUUGUCAUCUUCUAAUCUAUAAAAAAUUUAAACCUUCAGUAUUUACACUUUGCUUAUAAUUAAUACAAUAAAUUUAAAUGAGUCUAGAAAUCAGGUAAGCUUUUUCAAAUUUAGAUUCUUAUCGAUUUUAUAUCUAUUUGCUACUGUUAUAUAAAGAACAAUCAAAUUAAUAACACAAAUAUUUGUAAUAUACUUCAAUAGUAUAUUGUAUGAUACAAAUUUAAAUCAAUAAUACCUUAAUACAUCAAUACAUCUUAACAACCUUAAUUUUAAUUUUAAUAAUCCUGAUAAAAUUGUUGAGUUUAAAAUAAAUAAAUCAAAAAUAAGCUACUUCAAAUGAAGUAUUACAUUCUUAUAUUACAGUACCUGCAGAAUAGAUUAUGACAAAUAGAAAAAUUGAUUUAAUGUAAAAAGAUGAAUUAAUUUGCAUAACAAAUCAAAUUAAAUAAGGAAUAAUAUAUUUAUCAUCAUCUUUAGACCUUUUAUACAUCAAUCAAAAAGCAUCUAAGAUUUUAACAGCUUAAACUGAUGAUUAAGCAAUGUUAUAAUUCUAAAAAUUUAUAUUACAGUAAAUCUAUAUAAAAAUUUUAGAGGUUUAGAGUAAGAAGAAUCUUUAACUAAGUAACAUAAAGAAAUUCAAUGUCUUACAUCAUAAAAACAAUUACCACAGAAGGCUGAUAGUAAAAUGAUAGAAUCUAUAAUUGCAUCAGCAGAAAAACAACUUAAGAGAUAUUCAUCUCUUAGUGAGAAGUUAUUAGAGUAGUAAUUCAAAUAUAAAAAACAAAAAACAAAUCUUUUAUCAAAACAUGAUUUUAAAUAGUUGCUUUUAUCACUUUUUAAUGAAUCAUAAAUUUCUUCUCUGUAAGUAUUUUUGUUACUGUAGUUUAGAACAUAGGAGUUUUGUCAAAGCUAAUAAAUUAAUAGUUCAUUUCAAUAUUAAUAAUCAUGAUAAAACUAUAGAGAUUACUUUCUGUAAAAUGAUUAAUUUACAAAGCUAAAUUUGUUAUUUAGUAUUGUUUUAAGAUAUCACAAAAAUAGAGAAGUAAUAAUUGUUUCUUUAGAAAUAUAAAUUCCAAACCUUACAUUUCAAUUCAUUUUCUCAUGAAUUACGUACUCCUUUGAAUUGUUCAUUAAAUUUAUUAUAAGCUUUAAAAAAUUAACCUAUUUAAUUAAAUCUUAUUUAAUAAUAUAUUAACCCUUCAAUAGUAUCCAAUAAAUUACUAAUGCAUUAAAUUAAUGAUAUUUUAGAUUAUGCUUAAUUCGGUUUAGGAACAUUUCAUUUAAAUAUUCAAGAAUUUUUAAUUAAAGACAUAUAUAAAUAAUUAGAAGAAUAUUAUUUAGAUAUUUGUUAAAGCAAAGGAAUUAAAUUAAUUUUUAAAAUUGAAGAUGGAUUAGAAAACAUUAAAAUUAAUAGUGACUCUGAAAGAAUACUUUAAUUGCUUGUCAAUUUAAUUAAUAAUUCAUUAAAAUUUACAGAACGUGAUAAUACAAUUUGUCUUUCUGUUAAAAAAAAAUAGAAAUCAUCUGGAAUGAUAAAUUUUAUUAAAUUUAUUGUACAUGAUACUGGUAGAGGAAUUUCAAAAAUAAAUUUGGAUGCUAUUAAUAAUAUUCUUAGUUAAAAUAUUGAUGAUAGUAUAUAUGAUUAAUUGAGAAAUUUUACAACCAAAUAUUUAGGAUUAGGUUUUUCUAUUGGAAUGAAAAUGAGUCAAGAAUUAGCAUAUUCAAAAAAGUCAUAUUUCAAAAUUAGAAGUAGAGAGGGAGAAUAUACUAAAAUUAGUUUUAGAGUUAAUAAUUAAAUUAAUUCAAUUGCUAGAUCUCUUUAAGGAUCUACAAUAAAAUUAGAUUAUAUAGGAGAGACAGAAAAUUAAAAUGAUGAAAAUGCUAUUGUUGAAGAUCAUUAAAUGCCUUUAUGGAAUUAAACAUUCUUUAGUUAAAGAUAAAUUUAAAAUGAUACCAUUCCAUCAAUUCUUAUUUGCGAUGAUGUACCAUUUAAUUUAUUGUCUUUAAAUUUAUUAAUUAAGAAUAUAGGAUUUGAAAGUGAUAUGGUUUAUAAUGGAUAUGAAGCAAUUAAUAGAGUUUAAAAUAGAUAAAAAAUGCAUUAAAUGCAAUAUAAAUUAAUUUUGAUGGAUAUAGAGAUGGCAGGGUUGAAUGGUUAUCAAACAUCAAUACAAUUAUUAGAAAUUGACAAUAAGCUGAAUAUAGUAAUGUGUUCUGCUUAUGAUUCUGAAAAUAAUAUACUUAGUGCAUUAGAGAGUGGAAUGAAAGAUAUCUUAAUUAAACCUGUAAGAUUUGAAUAAUUAAGAUAAUUGAUUUCUAAAUAUAUAAAAUGA